CACUCUUCACUCUCUCUCCUCUCUCUCUCUCUCUCUCUCUCUCUCUCAGCCCCUAAAUAAGCUUCUGGCGAUGGAACGGAAUAACGUCUUUACAGUUGUAUUUAUGUGCAUUAUUGUCGCCGGUGUCGGAGGUCAGUCUCCUGGCGCUGCUCCUACUAAGGCCCCGGUUACAGCCGCCACUCCGGCGACAUCACCAGCCGCAGCACCUGCCAAACCUACGUCGCCGGCUCCCACCACUCCUACCGGAUCAUCGCCACCCGCUUCUUCUCCAGCGGCUUCCCCGUCCAAACAGACGGUGCCAGCUCCUGCGAAGGCGCCGACAUCUUCAACACCGGCGGCUGCACCGGUUACUUCUCCACCAGCUUCAACGCCUGCAAGCUCUCCUCCAGCGAGCACUCCACCUGCGAGCUCUCCUCCCGCGAGCACUCCUCCGGCGAGAUCUCCACCCGCAGCUGCACCGACAACUCCUCCCGAAAGCUCUCCUCCGGCUGGGGCCCCUCCGGCUCCGGUUAUUGCUCCAAGUGCCGAUGUUCCAGCUCCAACUCCCAGCAAGAAGAAGCCAAAGAAGCACAUUGCGCCAGCUCCAGGUCCAGACAUGCUUAGUCCACCUGCUCCGCCGACCGAAUCUCCUGCUCCAAGCCUCGAAUCAACUUCUCCUGCUCCAGCCGUGAUCUCCGAUGAGAAUGGAGCAGAGACAGUGUUGUGCCUGCGGAAACUCGUUGUAGGAUUGGCGUUGGCAUGGGGUGGUAUGGCUUUGGUGUUCUAGACAGAAAAUAUGGUGUAUCGGUGGCUGUCAUUGUUUUGAUCAUUUUGUAUUAUUAUUUAUUUGGCCCCCAUCAUCUCCAUAAGUUUAUAUUUGUUAUCUUUUGUUUAUCAUUAUGAGUACACAUUUGAUAUUUGAUUUUAUUGAUUUACCCCCUUCCCCCCACCAUUUGUUUCCUUUAUGAAUAGUGGUACUCUAUAGUGUACUUCUUGUUUAUUGAUUUUUGCCAGCUGGCUUUUGCUCUGGUCAUUUUGCUA